AACAUCAAACUGUAUGUUUGCCAUGUCUUCAUCAUGGACAACUGUGAGGAGUUGAUGCCUGAAUAUCAUAGCUUUGUUAAGGGUAUUGUGGAUUCUGAGGAUCUUCCUCUCAACAUUUCUAGAGAAAUGCUGCAGCAGAACAAGAUCCUGAAAGUCAUCAGCAAGAACUUGGUGAAGAAGUGCAUUGACAUGUUCUUUGAAAUUGCUGAGAACAAGGAAGACUAUAACAAGCUUUACGAAGCCUUCUCUAACAACCUCAAACUUGGUAUUGAUGAGGAUUCUCAGAACAAGACAAAGCUAGCUGAAUUGCUCAGGUAUCACUCCACUAAGAGUGGUGAUGACAUGACCAGCCUGAAGGACUAUGUUACCAGGAUGAAGGAAGGACAGAAUGACAUCUACUACAUUACUGGUGAAAGCAAGAAAGCUGUCGAGAAUUCCCCCUUCCUUGAAAAGCUUAAGAAGAAGGGAUACGAGGUUCUCUACAUGGUUGAUGCUAUUGAUGACUAUGCUGUUGGUCAGCUUAAGGAAUUUGCGGGAAAGAAGUUGGUCUCUGCUAGCAAGGAAGGCCUAAAACUUGAUGAGAGCGAAGACAAGAAGAAAAAGAAGGAAGAUUGGCUGCUUAAGUUCUACCAUACCCUCACGGAAGGAACAGAGUUGGAGGUUUAUCUUGUUAUCUAA